CGUGUAGUAUUACUCAUCUUCGAGAAAGUAGAGAGAGAAACAAAGCAAAGAAAAAAAAUUAAAAUAAAAAACAAAAAAAGAAAAGAAAAAAAAAAGACACUGUUUGUGACUUUGUGUGUGAGUAUUGUUUUUCUUCUCCUCUCAAUCUUCGUUGUCGAUAGAGUGAAUCUUGUAGCGAGAUAAGCGCCUGCAUCUUCGGCAUUUCCGUCAAACAACAAAGUGUACUCUCUAUUAAUCAUUUCACUCUUUUAGUUUUUCACCAUUUUUCUUCAAUCACAUUCGCAUGGAACAGUUAAGUAUACCUCAGUUUAAUCAAUCACAAAUGAGAAAUCAGAAUCAUAAUCAGCAGGUUCAACAGCAGGUUCAUCAACAGCAUCAUCAUUUUCAAGAUGGAAGUAACAAGAGAGUGGGUAUACCACCGUCUCACCCGCACCAGAUCCCGCCUAUUUCGCCCUACUCUCAGAUCCCGGUUUCGCGGCCGAUAAUGCCUCCCCAUAACACUAGUCCUACACCUUCACACACUCGAUCACUCUCUCAGCCGUCGUUUUUCUCUCUCGAUUCUCUUCCGCCUCUUAGUCCUUGUCCGUUUCGGGAUUCUUCGUCCACGUCGCACUCGGAACAUGCUGACGUGUCUAUGGAAGAUCGUGACGUCAGCUUACCGCCGUUUGCUAGAAACCCUUCCUUGCCGCCGCGGAAAUCGCACCGGCGGUCUAAUAGUGAUAUUCCGUUUGGGUUUUCUACUGUUUUGCAGUCUUCGCCGCCGUUGAUUCCUCUCAGGGGAAGAGAAAUGGCGAAACCUAAUCAGUUAGCGGUGAAAAGAGAAACAGGUUGGGAGAGAAAUGUUGAUAGUAGUAAUAACAAUGUAGAGGAGAAGAAAUCGUUAUCUCCGGAAGGUGAAGUUGUGGAUGAUCUUUUCUCUGCUUAUAUGAAUUUGGAUAACAUCGAUGCAAUUAACUCGACCGGGAACGAUGACAAGAAUGCGAACGCGGCUGUUAAUGAUAAUCGUGAUGAUUUGGAUAGUAGAGCGAGUGGAACGAAGACGAAUGGCGGUGAUAGUAGUGAUAAUGAAGCUGAGAGUAGUGUGAAUGAGAGUGGGGAUAGUAUGCAGAGGAGGGAAGGGAUGAAGAGGAGUGCUGGAGGUGAUAUUGCACCUACUACACGACACUAUAGGAGCGUGUCGAUGGAUAGUUUCAUUGGGAAGUUGAAUUUCAAUGAUGAGUCUUCGAAGCUUCCGCCUUCACCGGGUGGAUUGGUGUCUCCGGGUAAUUCGGGGGAUGGGAAUGCGGCGGCUUUUAGCUUGGAGUUUGGGAAUGGGGAGUUCAGUGGGCCUGAGUUGAAGAAAAUUAUGGCGAAUGAAAAGCUUGCUGAGAUUGCGAUGGCUGAUCCGAAGCGUGCUAAGAGGAUUUUGGCUAAUAGGCAAUCGGCUGCGCGUUCGAAAGAACGCAAGAUGCGAUACAUUUCAGAGCUAGAACACAAGGUUCAGACUCUGCAGACUGAAGCCACCACACUCUCUGCACAACUUACUUUGUUGCAGAGAGAUUCUGUUGGACUUACUAACCAGAAUAGCGAGUUAAAGUUCCGUCUUCAAUCCAUGGAACAACAGGCAAAACUCCGAGAUGCUCUGAAUGAGGCCCUUACCGCCGAGGUUCAAAGACUGAAGAUUGCUACAGCUGAGUUGAAUGGGGAGACACAUCCUUCUAACUGCAUGAUCCCACAACAUUCUGUCAACCCUAUGAUGUUUCAACAACAGCAUCGGCCUCCUACAUCCCAACAAAACAUUCAUAUUCAACAGCAGCAACAACAUCAGCAGCAGAAUGGUAAUGCCAACUCAAAAAACGACUUAAAUCAAUAGGUUGGGUUUGAGGUCCUACAAAUCGUUCUAUAUAUAUCUGUUACCGUUUCAUUGCACUCGGUUUCAUGUAUUUACAGAAGUUUUCCUUAGUUGUUAUGGUCGUAAGUUCGAUUCGCAAUGCCUAUCUAGCCCGGUCACAAAGUCUAUAUACAAGUCCUAGUUCGUGUCUUAUAUUUAAAUUAUAGCUCAUAUUUAAUUUCAGUAUAUAUCUGAAACUGUAAGCAUUAUUUGGACAUGAUUUGUUUUAUGAUAAUAUUUAGAUGGAGUUUUACAAAAUUAUUUUUUGGUAAAUAA